UAAUGUCUUAAUCAGUACUUUGGGAAGUAGUUAAGGGCAAUAAUGCUUUUUUGGUCAAAAGAAAUGGAUUGACACUCUCAACUGAUCCAUUCAAUAACACUGGAGUAUAAACAUACAGCAGUACAGGUAUUAAAGCAAUCUUAAUAUAAAAGGAUUCAUUACAAAAAAUGCUAUUGGUGUAGUACCAACAUAAUCAAAGGUUAAUUAAAUUAAUAAUGUGAAUUUGGUUGCAAGAAAGAGCACAAAAUUCUAAUAAGUUGAUAGAAAGACUAAAAAUACUUAAUCAGUUUAUGCUUCAACUUUGAGUGUUAAACAUGGAAUUCAUACAGCCUCAAGAGUAUAUCAUAUCUUUAUGAAUAAUAGGUAAUUAGAAAGAGAUUUGGUACAAGAAGACUUGGAUUGUAGAAGGCAGCUCUUAGAAAAUUAGUGAAAUUGAACAGAGCCAAUUCUGUCAGAAGAAGAAAUGAAAUUGCUGCAACUAAGGCAUAAAAGAAAUGAU